UCUUUUAACCUAUAAUAUAUGUUUUUCUUUUGACUUGUUGAUGCAUUAAUUUCUAUUCUAUUUUUUUGACCUCUAAUCUUUGUGAUUUAAAAACCAUAUAAAAAUAGUUUAUGACUUGAAGUUAGUCUAACCUGACUUGAUCUGUUUCAUGCCUUUUCAUACACUAUGGCCACCAAUUUAGUGUAAAACACUCAUUUCCACCCUCCCUUAUAAUAUGGAGGUUCUUUCUCCACCUACACGUUUCAAGUGGAAGACUAAAUGGGAUCGACACCUUAUUAUUACUCUAUUAGGAAAAACAGUGAAAUUUCUGAUACACUAUUUUUUCAUUAUAGACGGAUCUAGUGUGUAAUUUGAGGUCAGUUGACAUUACUUAAAUACAAAAUUAAAUCAAACAAUGUAUUUAUAUACCAUAGAUGAGUUGUGUAGUAUAUUGUCCUUCAUAUGAUUGACCAAAGUUCAAGACCUAUAAAAUGCAUUUUACAUAAUUUUUUUUAACAUCACUUUUUUUUUUCCUGAAUCUAUAAUUACUUUUCAUAGAUACAAAAACAAUAGUUGAAUAAUAUUCUAAUUCAACGUUACAAGGAAAAAAAGAGAAGACUUUCAUUGAUUCCAAAUUGAUUUAUAUAACAAAAUUGUGUAGUAAUUACAAGGUAAUGUGAAGUGAAAAAACAAUGAAAAGUAGUCAAUUGUAUACCAACCUCAACUUAAAUACUAUUUGCAUUAUUUUACCUUUUUUUUUAUAUGCUUGACCUUAUAUUUUAUAAAUACCCAUCUAAAUUCUCAAAUAUGCACUUACAAAGAGCCACUCUCAACUAACUAAAACAACAAAAACUAGAACUUCUUAUAUCAUCUAUAUGGAUGUACCAACUUGGUCCGCCUAUGAAUUUGCAUGGCUAGGAGCUUUAGCCCUUGUCCUCCUUUCGAAACACCUUCGCCGUCGUAAACUAAACCUACCACCGGGACCAAAACCAUGGCCGAUCAUCGGAAACUUCAACCUUAUUGGACCCCUUCCACACCGUUCCAUUCAUGAUCUUUCUAAGAAAUAUGGACAUGUAAUGAUGCUUCGAUUCGGGUCAUUUCCGGUUUUGGUAGGCUCAUCGGUGGAAAUGGCAAAACUUUUCCUUAAAACCCAUGAUGUUAUAUUUUCUGGGAGGCCUAAAACCUCCGCAGGCAAGUACACAGCCUAUAAUUAUUCUGAUAUAACAUGGUCUCAAUAUGGUUCUUAUUGGCGUCAAGCUAGAAAAAUGUGUCUAAUGGAACUCUUUAGCGCUAAGAGACUCUAGUCGUACGAGUACAUACGUGUAGAAGAACUUAAUACAAUAUUAGGAGACAUAUUUAGGACUAAUGGCGAACCCACCAUGCUAAAAAAUCAUCUCUCAACUUUGAGCUUAAAUGUUAUUAGUAGGAUGGUCUUAGGGAAAAGUUACUUAGAUGAAAAUGAAGCAAAUUCAAUUGUUACACCGGACGAAUUUAAGAAAAUGAUUGAUGAAUUGUUCUUAUUAAAUGGGGUGUUUAAUCUUGGGGAUUGGAUCACUUGUCUUAAGUAUGUUGAU